CGGCGGCCUUUGACUUAAACGCCGCCCAAAUUGUUUCGCGGGGUAACAAAAAACUUUGGCGCGAGAAGGUUGAUCCAUUAGCGGCGUUUGUUUUAAUAAACGCCGGUAAUGUGUUUCAUUGGACCGGCGUUUUGAGAGUAAAACGCCGGGAGUUAAAUCGGAUUAGCGGCGUUUGCAAUUUUUUCGUGUGGAACGCCGAUAAGUUAUCAUUAAACACCUGUGAGCUUGUCGCCCUUUCCCUUAAUCUCAUUCUCCAAGUUAUCAUUCUCCAAGUUCAGCAUCUUAUCAUUGAACACCUGUGAGCUUGUCGCCCUUUCCCAUAAAUCGGAUUAGCGACCGGCCGGAAUCCUCCCCAGCGAUCGGCCACCAUCUUGUCUAUCGAUUGGCUGGGAACUUCUCAUCCUUGACAUCUGCAUCUUCCCCAGUUGUCAACCACCAUCUUGCCCACCGACCGGCAGGGAACUUCUCAUCCGUGACAUCGCCAUCUUACUGAUUGGGUGGGUUUCACUUUUCAAUUGAAAUAGCCGGCUAGGGUUUUCUGUAGGUUGGGUCCUUCUUAUAUGCUCCACUGGGUUUUCACUUGGCUCCCUAUUUCAGGUUCAUAGAUGGACAAGAGUUGGAUGAAUAAGUCAAGACUAAGUCAAGAAUAUGUUGAUGGAGUUGACAGAUUUCUUGAUUUUGCAUUUAAUAAUUCAAGCAGUGAUAAUAAGAUUAUUUGCCCAUGUGUAAAAUGUGUGAAUGUACGUUGGCAAUCACGUGAAGUAGCAUUCGAUCAUUUAGCAUGUGAUGGUAUUAUACAAGGGUAUACUUGCUGGUUUUUCCAUGGAGAAAGUGUUCCUUCUACAAACAUUUCUUCAACUAGUUCUACCAGUCAUCUUGGGACAAACAACCCAUCCACCGGACAAGAUGGUAUGGAGGAAUUGUUGCUGGAUGCCUUUAACAUGCAACAUCACCUUGAUGCCCCGGAAUUUGUUGCUUCGCAUCCUACUGAUGAAAUGGAAGAUGGUAAUGAAACCCACCAAGGGUUAAAUGAAGAACAACCUUCUAAGGAAGCGUCAAAGUUCUACAAACUUCUGGAGGAUAUGAAUGGAAAGCUUUAUGACGGGUCGAAACACUCUACAUUGUAUUUUUGUAUCUGUCUUUUUCACUUAAAAUGCAUGUGUGGUAUGACUGGUAAAUGGUUGGAUUACUUGAUUGACUUUUUGAAGGAGUUUUUUCCAAUGGCCGCAAUUCCUGCAAAUAGUCGUGAAUCAAAGAAGGUCAUAAAGGAUCUAGGUCUCGGGUAUGAGAAAAUCCAUAGCUGCCCAAAUGACUGUAUGCUUUAUUGGGAUGAGAACUAUAGUCAAUAGUCAUGCCAUGUGUGCGGCACAUCUCGAUGGUUGUCUGUUAAAUCUACUCAGACUGAAAAUGUUAAUGGUGAUCAAAUAGUCCAUAAGCGACCGGCUAAGGUUAUGAGGUACUUUCCUUUGAUACCAAGACUGCAGAGGAUAUUCAUGUCCUCAAAAACUUGUACUGAUAUGUCUUGGCAUGCUAAUAGUCGCAAAAAAGAUGGCAACUUGAGACACCCAGCCGAUGUUGAGGCAUGGAGAUCGUUUGAUGCUAGAUACCCGGACUUCGCUUAUGAUCCUCGAAAUGUUAGGCUUGGCCUAUCCUCCGAUGGUUUUAACGCAUUCAAGUUGUUAAGCACAUCGUAUAGUACUUGGCCAGUGGUAUUAAUUCCUUACAACUUGCCACCUUGGAUUGGAAUGAAACAAUCCUCCUUUAUUUUGUCCAUGAUUAUUCCGGGUGACAAGGGUCCAGGUAAUGACAUUGAUGUAUUCAUGCAACCUCUGAUUAAAGAAUUAAAAUAGUUAUGGAGUGGUGUGGAGACAUAUGAUGCAUCCUUGAAACAAAAUUUUUGCAUGCGAGCAGCUUUGCUAUGGACUAUAAAUGAUUUCCUAGCAUACGCCAAUUUAUUAGGUUGGAGCACAAAAGGAAAAUAUGCAUGCCCUUGUUGCACUUCACAUACUUCUGCAAGGUGGUUAACCAAUGGGAGGAAAUUUUGUUACAUGGCACAUCGUCGGUGGUUAAAUGAAAAUCAUCCAUACAGAUUCCAAAAGCACUUGUUCGAUGGUACAAUAGAGUUACGUGGACCUCCUUCAAUCCCUACCGGUUCAGACAUUUUACUAAUGCUAAAAGAUGUUCAACCAAUCUAUGGAAAAAGGAAGAAAGGUAACUUGAGUAAAUCAACAACUUCAACUUUAAGAAAAAGACAACGGGAUGGUGAUGUAGAUAGUGAUGAUGAUGACCAACAUGAAGAUGGCCCGCAUGAUGCAGAGUUAUGGAAAAAGCGAAGUAUCUUUUUUGAUUUGCCGUAUUGGGAGCAUAACCUACUACGCCAUAACCUUGAUGUCAUGCACAUUGAGAAGAAUAUUUGUGAGAAUAUAGUUGGAACUAUUCUUGACAUAGAUGGGAAAUUGAAGGAUAACAUGAAAUCUAGAGUUGAUAUGGUCGAAAUGGGAAUUCGCCAUGAGCUUCAUCCAGAAUAUCUUUCAAAUGGAAGAACAAGGCUACCCCCUGCUUCGUUUUCGAUGACAAAAAAGGAGGACAUGUUUUGCCAAGUUUUGAAAGAUAUCAAAGUCCAAGAUGCAUACUCUUCAAAUAUUUAAAGAUAUGUGAAUCAGAAAGAAAGAAAACUGCAUUCUCUAAAAUCACAUGAUUGCCACAUAUUAUUGCAUGACUUGCUCCUAAUUGCCUUACGGUCAUCAAUGUCAAAGCCAUUUACACAUGCAAUUUCAGAACUUUGUAAUGUCCUUAAAAUUCUAUGUGGUAAAGUUCUAAAUGUAGAUGAGUUGGAUAAACUUCAACUUCGAGCUGCAAUUUGUUUGUGCCAGUUGGAGAAGAUUUUCCCACCUUCAUUCUUUACUGUAAUGGUGCAUUUAGUUAUUCACCUUCCUCUUGAAGCUAAACUAGGUGGGCCCGUUCAUUACCGGUGGAUGUACCCUAUUGAACGGUUUUUGCUUAAGUUAAAAACUUAUGUGCGGAAUAAAAGAUAUCCUGAAGGUUCAAUUGCGGAAGGAUUUUUGGUAGAGGAAUGUGUCACCUUUUGUUCGAGAUAUAUGGUUGAUGUGGAUACCAUAUUUGAUAAAACUGCUCGCAACUUAAGAGAAAUCAAUCAGGAGAUAAAUACAACUCCUUACUUGUUUGCAAGUGGUGGAGAACCAAUAGGAAAGGUUGACGUAACGGAGUUGAAUACAAAAUCAUGGGCACAAGCUCAUCGUUAUGUAUUAUUGCAUCAUGAGGCCAUUGAGGCAUUUCAACUUGAGUAUAGAAAUAAGUUGCGGGAGCAAUUCCAAGGCCGACGGUCAAAUGCCCAUGAAAUUGACAAAAAAUUUACUGAAACGUUUCAUGAAUGGUUGGGAGAAAUUAUUUGUAAACAGGCAAACGUAUCUGAGGAAGUUAGAUUUCUAGCGCAAGGUCCAAAUAGGAUUAUUAAAAGCUAUAAGGGUUACAUCAUCAAUGGCUUCAGAUUCCAUACUAAAUCUCGUGAGAGAUUUAGAAGAACACAAAACUCAGGGUGUCUUGUCACCUCAUCAACAACCAGAUAUGCUACUGCUAGGGAUCCGAAUCCUUCACAAGGGAAUGUUGACUACUAUGGGAUUAUAAAUGACAUAAUCGAGUUGGAUUACUUUGGCAAAUGCAAGGUCGUGUUGUUCCGUUGUGAUUGGGCUGAUGUAAACACGAGUAGAGGAAGUAGAAAGGAUGCUUAUGGAUUUACCAUGGUUAAUUUCAAUCGAUUAAUUCACACUGGUGACCACAUUCUCGAUGAGCCUUAUGUGUUUUCCUCACAAGUGAAACAAGUUUUUUACUCUGAAGAACCCAAAGAAGCCGGUUGGUCCAUCGUGAUACGCAACCAACCAAGGGAGGUGUUCGAUAUGGGGGAUGAAUUUGUAGAGAACGGGUCAAGAACGGAAUGCUUCCCAUCAAGUGAUGCUAAUAUAUUAGAUGCAAAUAAUGAUGGCCAGUGGCUUCGGGAAGAUUUCACUGAAGACAUUUAUGUGUCAUGAUGCUUAUCGUGAGUGAGGAAAACAAUAACAAAUAAAUAUCAGGGGAAAUGCCGAGAUCAAACUUGAAACGCAUGAAAGUAGUCCGGUCUGAAGAAGCCACGAAUGAUGGUACUGGAGAUAGUGUCCGUGGAAAUGUUUUGAUGGACAAUCGUAGCAAUUCCAAUAGGGCUACACAAGUACCAAAUGUUCAGCCCGAAUGUUCAAUUUCUACAUCAUCUGAUGAUUCAAAUUCCAACGAAAGCUUGUGCAAGUAAUGAAGCUCUUAAUUUGGUUGCAGGUGUCUGUAAUCCCUCAUUGUUCACGUCAUUUGUUGUAGUUACCAGCGCUGGAAAGCGAGUGAGAAGAGGUCCUACUACUUUGAAGGAGUUGUACUCCUUACCACCUAAUGAGAAAAUUUUGGUGAGCAGCAAUGAAUUGGGCCAGCCAAUUGGACCAGAGGGUCAGUUAUUAGCUGGAUUUUUAGGGAUGCUUGCCCGAUGUGGUCAGCGGGUUGGUCUUCAUUAUGAAAAUUGGCAUAAAGUGCCAAAGAUUUUAAAGGAGGAACUACUAAAAUUUGUUGAGCUACGAUUCAUUCUUGAAAUUUCAAGGGAGUUUGUACUGAAAUCUUUGGGGAAAAAGUGGCGUGAUUACAAGCAUGACUUGAAGAAACGCUACUUUAAAAGAGAGGUUGGACCACAAGCAAAUAAAGAUAAUCACCCAGAUGGGACGAUUCGUUGGCAAUGGGAAGAGUUGGUGGACUUUUGGUAUUCAAGGAAAUGGGAGGAUGCUGAAAAAAUUGGUCAUGCAUGUAGAAUGCAACAAAAAUACACACAUACGUCGGGAUCAAAGAGUUUUGCAAGUCAGAAGAAAGAAAUGGAGCUUUCAAGAGGGGAAAAAAUUUCACGUUUUGAAUUUUUCAAAGCUACACACACAAAAAAAGAUGGAUCCCAUGUGAAUGUGGAAACAGAGAAUAUUUUGGAGCAAGCAAAUGAAAUGUUAGGUCAAUAUGAAGGCACAAAUGAUGAUGCACAUAUGGUUGAAUCUGAAAUCUUGACAAAAGUCAUAGGAAAAGAAAGGCAUGGCCGAGUCAGAGGGCUUGGGUUAGGGCCAACGCCUAAGAUGUACUAUGGUUCAUCUACUAGCAAGGUGUCUACAAGUGCUAGCAACAAAACAGGGAAAAGUGAUGACAACUUCAACCAAGAGUUGGUGCAAAGGGUCCAACAGUUGGAACAAGAGCGUGAGCAAGAACGACGAGAUCGUGAGCAGGAACGUGCUCAUAACAACGCUCUUGUUACUUUUCUACAAAAUUGAUUUCCAGGUGAAGAUGUCCCUCUUCCUAAUAUAGGUGCAUCGUCUGCGCAGUCUCAGAACCAUUCUGUUGGGGAAACUACACCAAAAGCUAAUACAGGUGGCUCAGGUUGAUGAUCAAUCAGAUUUGCGCUGACUCAAUGACUGAAGAUGCUCAAGUACUCCUUAUUUUAUUGACUGAAGAUGCUAAAUGUGAAGUAGUCGGUCAACAACGAUGACUGGUUAAUUUAGUUGUUCUUUGAACCGAUAUUAUGUUCAAUUUGGUGUUUGAAUUUAAGUUGGAAUAUGUUGUCAAUUACUCUAAAACAGGUUGCAAACAUUACUUUAAAACAGGUUGUAAACUGAGAUUGUGUUUUUUGACAAAUUUUGUUGCAUGUCUCCCUAAUUACAAUUGUGUGUAAAAAACCUUGGAUAAAAUUG